AUGGAAUGCGGCCAUGCGUCCGCAGCCGAUGCACGCGUGUUUUGCCUUUUGCGCAGGCAAGAAGACGCGUUCGACAGCAAACUUGAGUUUGCCCGUAGCUUUUUGGUGGUUCGCGACGGCUACCGGCAGGUACAGUAUGUCGAGUCAGCGCCAAAGCGGGGAGGCGUUCGCGCUGCACAGUCGAUCCAUCGAAUCCACACUAUUGCCUCCUAA